AUGGACGUUAUUGAUACAAUUAAAACAAAUAAAGCAUACGUGAAGUAUAAAAGUUUAGUAAAAACCUGGGAAAAAGAGUUUAAACAGAAAUAUUCAAGGUUGCCUUCAAAGUUUGAUAUUAAGGAAGCUCCCACGAGUAUAAAGUACGCUUAUAAAAAGUAUUUUCAACUCAAAAGUGCAGCUCUUGAGAAUUCACUGUCUGCUUGUGACCUGGAAGACGAUGCAUGUUUAAAAGCAUCUGAAAGUUUUAAUUUGCAAUCAGCAUGGCAAAACUUAUCACAAGAUAAUGUCGUCCAAGACAUAACUUUGCCUGAAUUGCCCAAUGGUCAGGAACUGGACAAAAUUUUUUCAUCUAAAGUAUUAUCUAAGACAACAAAUGGUGGAACACAGAAUAAGUUAACUGAGGAUAUUUCUAAGAAAUUAUUCAAUACUCGAAAGUUUUCAUUUCGAAACCCUAGGAAAACAUCAUUGCCGAAUAGUCUUUCACAAUCUACAAGUGCCACUGGUUCAGGUAACUUAAAUGCAACAAAUGAAAAUGGCUCAUUAACACCAAAUAAUAAAGUUGACCCUUUACUCAUAUCUAGUACAUCUGAAAUAGCUCAAGAUUCAUCCUAUGAACAUAAAGAAAGUGAUGAAAAGCCUACCUCUUUACUCAUAGGUAAAGAUUUCAAUGACAUAGUUAUUAAAGAUACUCAUAAUUCAAUUGGAACUUCUAUAUCUUCUGUAAAUUCUUUUAAUAAUCUAUCAUCAUCUCUUAGACAAAUCAACACUGGUUGGCUGAAACGAGCUCUUGGUUGUACAGAAGAAACACUUGAAAUUAACAAGAGUCAUGAAAAAUUUGGCUUAGCUAAUAUUUCUGUUAACAAUACUAUUGACAAACCUGAGUAUGUUGAAAACAGUGCAUCAGAAGAUGAUGACAUAAUACUCAGUAAAUUAAAACCUGCUUUAAAAAAGAGAAAAUUACUAAAGGGAAAAAAUGCUAACAGUGAUGUGCGACAUAAUGAUGUAAUUAUUGAAGACAAACAGUAUGUUGAUAAACUAGACCGCAAAACAAAUAAACAAACACCAAUCAAAGAUGCCACUUCAAAACUCCCUGAUGCAAGUGUAGAACCACCUGACAUUUCAGAAUAUCUACCUUUUGGAUUAAAAGAAAAACUAUACCCUCGACAUUCAAAAGUCACUGAUAUUCUGGAGACAUUUGGUAACAAGAAAAGCGAUAAUGUUUUAGAAAAUGAAAAUAAUGUGGAAAAUAAAUUGCAAAACAAAAUUGAGAAUGGAACUAUUAAUGAAAAUUUUGUUAGAAUCAAUUUAGAGAAGAAAAUAUAUGCAAGGGGAAAGAAAAGUUUUAAGUAUUCUAAAUAUAAAAAACAAUUAUGGAAAGACAAAAAAGCUUUGCAUGCUGGGAUGGAAUUUCCGGAAUCUGGAAAGAUUACAUGUUUUAAGUGUGGCCUUGGUGGUCAUAUGGCCCGAUAUUGCACUGCACAUAAAGAGAAUAUGUUAUUACCACUAACCGAUGUUGAAGAGAGUGAUAUACCUACUCUUGAAGAUAUGGAUAAAAUUGUGAAUAUUAAGUCUGACAAUAAAAUACCCGAGGCGGAAUUACAUUCUUGUGUGUAUGAAGCUAGUAAAAUACCUGAAAACUUCAUUAAACUACUGGAUAAAGAGUUUGAGUCUAAAAACUGCAUAAAACCAAUCUUAUCAAACCCUCAUGAUAAUUUUGAAGGAUUGCAAAAAGCUCUUGAAUUAUUUGGACAUAAAGAGUUUCGACCAGGGCAAGAAAAGGCAAUAAAAAGAAUAUUAUCUGGUUUGUCUACUUUGCUUUUACUAUCAACCGGUGGUGGUAAAUCAUUGUGCUAUCAAUUACCUGCAUAUAUUUAUAGCCAACAUUAUAAGUGUAUAACAUUAGUUAUUUCCCCAUUAGUUUCGUUAAUGGAAGAUCAAGUAUUAAGUAUGCCUGAAUUUUUAAAAGCAGGAUGUCUGCAUACUAAUCAGCCACCUACACAACGACAAAAAAUUAUAGAGCUAUUAAAAAGUGGGCAGAUUAAUAUUUUGUUAAUUUCUCCGGAAGCUUUGAUUUCCAGUGAUAAUUCCAGCGGUUUUGGGAGUUUAUUUAAGAGUUUACCACCUAUAGCCUUUGCUUGCAUUGAUGAAGCACACUGUGUAUCACAGUGGAGUCACAAUUUUAGACCAAGUUACCUGAUGAUUUGUAGAGUUUUAGAAGAAAAAUUAAGUGUGAAAUGCAUCCUGGGGUUAACUGCAACUGCUAGAAAGACAACAAUUAAAAGUGUCAUUGAACAUAUCAAAGUACCAGAUGAUUUGAAUGGGGUGGUGAAAAAUCCAUCUCUACCUGAUAACUUAUUUUUGUCAAUGUCAUUUGAGGAAGACAAAGAUAAGGCUUUAGUUAAUUUGUUAGCUUCUGAUAAAUUUAAUAAUUUUGAUUCUAUUAUAGUUUAUUGCAUUCGAAGAAAUGAAUGUGAUAGAAUAGCUGCUGUAGUACGAUCAUGUUUAUCUCAACCAGGCAAAGUCAACAUGGAGCCUAAAAGUAAGAAACGCACAAGGAUGUCUUAUGUUGCAGAAUCUUAUCACGCUGGUAUGACACCAGCACAACGAAAAAAAAUUCAAAAGCAUUUUAUGGAUGGAACUUUAAAAAUUAUAGUAGCCACUGUUGCUUUUGGUAUGGGUAUUAAUAAAUCUGAUAUAAGGUGCAUUAUUCACUAUAAUAUGCCAGCUAGUUUUGAAUCUUAUGUACAAGAAGUGGGAAGAGCUGGGCGUGAUGGUCAACCAGCAUUCUGCCAUUUACUUAUGAGCAAGAAUGAGAGUGAUAAAAAUGAGUUACUAAAACACAUUUACGCGAAUUCUAUAGAUAGACCUGUAGUACGCAAACUGCUUGAUAAAGUAUUCAUACCAUGUAAAUGUGUAUCUGAUUCCGUUUCUCCUAGUGCUCACUGUUUAGGUCAUGAAGUUGGAAUACCUAUAGAAAGCACUGUUGAAGAGCUAGAUCUGCCGUCUGAAAAUAUUGCGACGCUUUUAUGUUAUAUAGAACUACACCCAAAGCAUUAUAUAAAAGUACUCAAUAACGCUUAUGUUAUGUGUAAAAUAUCAUCUUAUGGGGGUCCCACAAAGAUACUUCAAGCUGCCAAAAACUGCCCACCAUUGGCAAUGGCAUAUUUAAUUGCAGGAAAAGCUAAUUCAAAUAUAGUAAGUCAAAGUGUUUUAGAAUUUAAUGUAAUAGAGGUUGCAGCAGCUAUUGGAUGGGAAAGUGGGAUGACCAAAUAUCACUUAAAGAAUUUAGAAUGGUGUAUAUCAAGUGGGGUAUCAAGGAGAUCAGCAUUAAAGGUUGAAUUUAAUACUCUUGGUUUUAAAGUGAAGGCUAGAGGCGAUUUAAGCUCAUGUGAACUAGAUACAAUUUUAAAUGAUCUGCACAAUAUAGUGUAUAAUUUAGAAAAACAAAUGUUGUAUCAGCUUGAGGAAAUAUACGAUUGUUUUAAAAAAAAUUGUUCCAAGUCAAAUGAAGUUCUUAUUUAUGGAGACACUCUUUUAAAGGAGAAAUCUGAUAGACUAAAGAGUAUAAUAAACACUUAUUUUGAACGGGAAGAUAACAAUACACCAAUGCCUAUAGUAUUAACACAACGCCCUAUAAAUAUUGAGCAAGUAACGGCGGAUGUGAGAGCCCUUAUUGCGACGUAUAAAGAUUGCAAAUUCACAGGAAGGAGUAUAGCUAGAAUCUUUCAAGGUAUAUCUUCACCCAAUUAUCCGGCAAUAGUAUGGGGUCGCUGUAGGUUCUGGCGCUCGCAUUUGGAAGAAGAUUUUAAUGGUAUCAUAAAAAUAGCAACUCAACAAAUAAUACAAAUGAAAUGA